CUCCUCUAAGUCACUCCAGGUGCUCAAAAGCCUUCCCUCUGGGCCUUUCCCAUGAGCAAAUUCUGACAGGAGGAUAUAAAAGAGCAACUGGGCUAAGCAGCGCAGUUCUCUGGCUGCCACGGGAGGCCAAGACACAUGGCAGCAAUGAAAGUCCUUCUGUAUCUCCCGGCCCUCCUAGCUUCCCUGACCUUGCUCCAGACGGCAGCGUCAGCCAGAAAUGCUUCCUCAGCCAGUGCCGCUGCCACCCUGCGCAAAACAGUGGAUGAGGUCAAGGUCUGGGUCAACAAGGCCUUCCUGGAUUCCCGGACCAGGCUGAAGACCGCCAUGACCACCCAGGCUCCCACCACUCGCCACCUCUCAGGGUAUCUCAAGCAAGCCAAAGGCCGGACGCGCACAGCCAUCCGCAACGGGCAGGUGUGGGAAGAGUCUCUAAAGAAACUGAAGAAGGUGGUGACCUUGACAAAUGUCACAGGCCAAGGCCUGGACUUGACUUCGCUCUCCUGGGAGGUGGGCUGUGAUCCCCCUGCUAAGGCAGUGACUUGCGAUAUAAGCAACCCUUACCGGACCAUCACUGGAGACUGUAACAACAGGAAGAAUCCAACGCUGGGAUCCGCCAAUAGGGCGCUGGCUCGAUGGCUGCCCGCGGAGUACGAGGACGGGUUCUCCCGCCCCUUUGGGUGGACGCCGGGGAAGACGCGGAACGGCUUCCCUCUCCCGCAGCCCCGUGAAGUCUCCAACCAGAUCCUUGGCUAUCUGAAUGAGGAGGGUGUUCUGGACGAAAACAGAUCCCUGCUCUUCAUGCAGUGGGGUCAAAUCGUGGACCACGACUUGGACUUUGCCCCUGAAAAUGAGAUGGGGAGUGAUAACAGCUCCAAAGCCCAGUGUGAUGAACACUGUCUCCAGGGAGACAACUGCUUCCCCAUCAUGUUUCCAAAGGGUGACCCUAAAUUGAAGACUCAGGGGAAAUGCAUGCCUUUCUACAGAGCUGGAUUUGUCUGUCCCACACCACCCUAUCAAUCCCUGGCCAGAGAGCAAAUCAAUGCUCUAACCUCUUUCAUGGACGCUAGCUUGAUAUACGGUUCUGAGCCAAACCUGGCAAAUCAACUUCGAAACCUCAGCAGCCCCUUGGGCCUCAUGAUUGUCAAUGAAGAGGUCUCAGACCAUGGUCUGCCCCUCCUGCCUUUUGUCGGUGUGAAGCCCAGUCCCUGUGAGGUCAUCAACCGCACUGCUGGAGUGCCCUGCUUCUUGGCAGGAGACUCCCGAGCCUCGGAGCAGAUCUUGCUGGCCACAUCCCAUACACUCCUUCUCCGGGAACACAAUCGAUUAGCCAGAGAACUGAGCAGACUCAACCCCGAGUGGGAUGGUGAGAAGCUCUAUCAAGAAGCCAGGAAAAUCAUGGGAGCCUUUAUACAGAUCAUCACCUUCAGGGACUAUCUCCCCAUUCUACUGGGGGAUGAGAUGCAGAAGUGGGUCCCCCCAUACCAAGGCUACAGUGAGACUGUAGACCCACGCAUUUCCAAUGUCUUCACCUUUGCUCUCCGCUUUGGCCACUUGGAGGUCCCUUCUGCUAUCUACCGCCUGGAUGAGAAUUAUCAGCCAUGGGGUUCAGAACCUGAACUCCCCCUGCACAAGCUCUUCUUCAACACCUGGAGGCUGGUCAAGGAUGGUGGAAUUGAUCCUCUGGUUCGAGGCCUGCUGGCCAAGAAGGCCAAGUUGGCACACCAGGACAGAAUGAUGACAGGGGAACUCCGCAACAUGCUGUUCCAGCAGACUCACACCAUCCAUGGCUUCGACCUGGCUGCCAUCAAUAUCCAGCGGUGCCGAGACCACGGGCAGCCUGGGUACAACUCCUGGAGAGCUUUCUGUGGCCUGUCACAGCCAAAGACGCUACAAGAGCUGAGUGCUGUGCUGCGAAAUAAGGUGCUGGCCAAGAAGCUGCUGGAUCUCUAUGGAACCCCCGACAAUAUUGAUAUCUGGUUAGGGGCCAUUGCUGAACCCCCGGUCCACAGGGGUCGGGUAGGGCCUCUCCUCACCUGCCUCCUGGGCCAGCAGUUCCAGCGGAUCCGAGAUGGAGACAGGUUCUGGUGGGAGAACCCUGGGGUCUUCACAGAGAAGCAACGGGACUCUCUAAGGAAGGUGUCCUUCUCAAGACUUGUCUGCGAUAACACCCGCAUCAACAAGGUCCCGCUGGACCCAUUCCAGGCCAACACCUACCCCCACGGCUUUGUGGACUGCUCUGCUAUUGAAAAGUUGGACCUCUCCCCCUGGGCCUCAGUGAAGAAGUAGGACCCUCCUGCCCACGGCUUCUUACGUGGCACCUUCCUGUGGUCCAAGAUAUCAUUUCAAACAAGUUCAAUCACCUGUUCCUGUCAAAUUGGGCACCUAAGUCCCACGUCUUCAAGUCUCACCAUCCUCCUGACGAUGGUCAAAGGCUGUCUGAGCCUUUCCAGCUUUUCCACGAGGCCCCCACCACUUCCACGCCACCCUCUCAGGCUGUGGGAACCCUCCUCUAACUAGAUGCCUCUCCAGCUUGUCAGACAUCUUCUGCCCUCUGUCCCUGAAUGAGUCUGGCUGAGGCUGUGACCUCUGAUCCUUAUGUUUCCUCCUGUCCUCCCAAUUUAGAUUAUAAGCAUUCUGAGCCAGAGACCCCCACCUGCUUCUGGGUAUGGCUUGUGGCACUCAGCAUGGUAUUAACCACAUAAAGUGCCCAAUAAACAUCCAGCUGUUCCUUCCUAGGGGCAGG